GCGAUAACCUAUCAUAUCCAUAUUUCCGAUCUUCCAUAGCCCCGAGGUGGAGAGAACCAACGGUCGUCGUCUCCUCUAAUCCGCUUCGCCCCGCGCGCGCGCCACCGCACUGCACCAUGGCCGCCCCGAUCAGCCACCACCUCCUGCCGCUCCGUCUCCUCUCUGGCCACCCGCAGCCUCCCGGCCUCCGCCUCCCCAUGACGAGGGCGCGGCCCCUCCCCCGCCUGCUGCCCCGCGCGGUGGGGACGCCCUCGGACGCUGCGCUGCAGGAGUUCAGGCGCUGGGUCUCGUCCCAGGGCGCGGACGCGGGCGGCGCGGCGUCGCCCGCCGCCGUCCCGGAGGGUGGCCUCGGCCUCGUCGCGGCGAGGGACCUGCCCCGCGGCGAGGCCGUCGCCGAGGUGCCCAAGAAGCUCUGGAUGGACGCCGACGCCGUCGCGGCCUCCGACCUCGGCCGGGCCGUCGGCGGCGGCGGGGAGCUUAGGCCGUGGGUCGCCGUCGCGCUCCUCCUCCUCCGCGAGCUCGCCCGCGGCGCCGACUCGCCGUGGGCGCCCUACCUCGCCAUCCUCCCGCGCCAGACCGACUCCACCAUCUUCUGGUCAGAAGAAGAGCUCUUGGAGAUACAAGGAACACAGUUGCUGAAUACAACAAUGGGUGUGAAAGAGUAUGUACAGAGUGAAUUUGACAGCGUUGAAGCUGAGAUCAUAAGCGUGAAUAAGGAGCUGUUUCCUGAUACUGUAACAUUUGAUGAUUUCCUAUGGGCAUUUGGAAUACUCAGAUCAAGGGUGUUUGCAGGACUCCGUGGAGACAAACUUGCUCUCAUACCACUUGCCGAUCUUGUAAAUCACAGUGAUGAUAUAGCCUCAAAUGAGUCCAGUUGGGAGAUCAAAGGAAAGGGCCUUUUUGGUAGGGAUGUUGUGUUUUCUCUGCGAACACCAGUGGGUGUUAAAUCUGGAGAACAGAUAUAUAUUCAGUAUGAUUUGGACAAGAGCAAUGCAGAAUUAGCACUUGAUUAUGGUUUCACAGAACCAAAUUCAUCAAGGGAUUCAUAUACUCUGACCUUGGAGAUAUCUGAAUCUGAUCCAUUUUAUGAUGACAAGCUUGACAUUGCAGAGCUAAAUGGGAUGGGGGAGACUGCAUACUUUGAUAUUGUCCUUGGUGAAUCUCUUCCUCCUCAAAUGCUACCUUACCUGCGAUUAUUGUGCAUUGGGGGAACAGAUGCAUUUCUCUUGGAAGCACUCUUCAGAAAUUCCGUUUGGGGCCACCUUGAACUGCCAUUGAGUUCUGACAAUGAAGAAGCAAUAUGUCAGGUUAUCCGAAAUGCCUGCAAAUCUGCUCUUGGUGCUUAUCACACUACCGUAGAGGAGGACGAAGAACUAUUGAAAAGCAAAAAUCUUCAGCCAAGGCUUCAAAUUGCCAUUCAAGUAAGGGCUGGUGAGAAGAAAGUGCUACAGCAGAUUGAUGACAUCUUCAAGCAGAGGGAGGAAGAAUUAGAUGGCCUUGAGUACUACCAAGAAAGGAGACUCAAGGAUAUCGGCUUGGUUGGCGACAAUGGUGAAAUUAUCUUCUGGGAAUCUUAGAGGCGUUUUAUUUGUUAGUGCAAGCCUAGAGAGAGUUUUGUAAGAUGCCACCGUGAGAUAGAAAAUCAAUGAAAUAGAUGUUCACAAAAUUGAAUUAUGGUCAACAUUCAAAAGGGCCUAUUUAGUAGGGCUCCAACUCUUAAAUUUAACUUUAGAAACGAAGUCCUGAUGGGAGCUAUGGAGCUGUUUGAAGCUAGCACCACCUCCCUACUACUUUUUUCCAGAUCACUCA